AUGGUUUGCUUCAAUUCGCUCCUCGCCUCCGCUCACUUCAGCUCACUCCCGCCAUCCCCAUCCGCUCCUUCCCCACCUCAAUUUGACUCCCUUACCCGUCAUCUCUAUUCUCUUCUUCCUCAACUUCUCAUAGUGCUGCCCUGUGCGCCGCCCCUUCCCCCGCUUCCACCUUUUGCUGCUCGUUUCUUCGCCCCAGCUCCUCCUCCCCCGCCUUGCACUCCCUUUCCCUCGUUCCCAUCGCUCCCUACUAUUCCUUCCGCCCUCCCUCCACUCCCUUCCGCCCUCCCUCCACUCCCUUCCGCCCUCCCUCCUCUCCCUUUCGCCCCUCCUCUCCCUUCCGCCCUCCCUCCUCUCCCGUCCGCCCUCCCUCCUCUCCCGUCCGCCCGUCCUCUCCCUUCCGUCCCUCCACUCUCUUCCGCCCCUCCUCUCCCUUCAGCCUUCCCUCCUCUCCCUUCAGCCUUCCCUCCUUCCCCUUCCGCCCUCCCUCCUCUCCCUUCCGCCCUCCCUCCUCUCCCUUCCGCCCCUCCUCUCCCUUCCGCCCUCCCUCCACUCCCUUCCGCCCCUCCACUCCCUUCCGCCCUCCCUCCUCUCCCGUCCGCCCUUCCCCCAAUACCUCCCCGGCCUUUUGCCCGCCCCCCACUACCCUCCGCCCUCUCGCCACUACCUUUUGCCCUCCCCCCUCGCCCGUCCGCCCUCCCCCCUCGCCCGUCCGCCGUUCCCCCUCGCCCGUCCGCCGUUCCCCCUCGCCCGUCCGCCGUUCCCCCUCGCCCGUCCGCCGUUCCCCCUCGCCCAUCCGCCCUCCCUCCCCUCCCUGCCGCCAUCCCGCCUCUGCCUGCUGCUCCACCGCCUCUGUCACCACCCUUCUUUCCCCCCCUGCCCUCUCAUGCCCUUCCCCCAAGCCCCUCUGUCGCAAUUCCCCCCACCUCUCCUGCCCUUCCCCCAAGCCCCUCUGUCGCAAUUCCCCCCACCUCUCCUGCCCUUCCUCCAAGCCCCUCUGUCGCAAUUCCCCCCACCUCUCCUGCCCUUCCUCCAGGCCCCUCUGUCGCAAUUCCCCCCACCUCUCCUGCCCUUCCUCCAAGCCCCUCUGUCGCAAUUCCCCCCACCUCUCCUGCCCUUCCUCCAAGCCCCUCUGUCGCAAUUCCCCCCACCUCUCCUGCCCUUCCUCCAAGCCCCUCUGUCGCAAUUCCCCCCACCUCUCCUGCCCUUCCUCCAAGCCCCUCUGUCGCAAUUCCCCCCACCUCUCCUGCCCUUCCUCCAAGCCCCUCUGUCGCAAUUCCCCCCAAACCCUCUCAUGCCCUCCCCCCAAGCCCCUCUGUUGCCGUUCCUCCCGAGCCUCCUGCCGCAGCUGCUCCCAGACCUGCUUCGGUCCCAUCCAGACCUCCUGCUGUCGUUGCUCCCAAACCUGCUCCAUUACAUCCCGGACCUCCCACCGCAGCUGCUCCCAGACCUGCUCCAACUCCUCAUGCGCCUCCUGCCACAACUGCCCCCGAACCUGCUCCAAUCCCACCCAAACCCUCUGCUGUCGUUGCUCCCAGACCUGCUCCGACUCCUUCCGAAUCUCCUGCCACAGCUGCUCCCAAACCUGCCCCAAUUCAUCCCAAACCUCCUGCUGCAGCAGCUCUCAGACCUGCUCCAGUCCCCUCCAGACCUCCUCUUGUUGCUCCCUAG